UUUGAAUUCUCCCCCUCUCGUCUCCGAACCCCAUCCCCAACCCCCGCUCCCCCACCGCCCAACGGGAAGAGAUUCUCGGAAUCCCGCCGCCGCCGCCGCCGCCGCCGCAUCCGCCGCCAUGUCGCGGGUGGACAAGGAGAAGGCGGUGAACGUGCAGGUGCUCCUCCGCUGCAGGCCCUUCAGCGACGACGAGCUCAGGAGCAACGCGCCGCAGGUGGUCACCUGCAACGACUACCAGCGGGAGGUGGCCGUCACGCAGACCAUCGCCGGGAAGCAGAUCGACAGGGUCUUCACCUUCGACAAGGUGUUCGGGCCGACAGCUAAGCAGCGAGACCUGUAUGACCAAGCCAUCAUUCCUAUUGUGAACGAGGUGCUGGAAGGGUUCAACUGCACCAUCUUUGCCUAUGGCCAGACCGGCACGGGGAAGACGUAUACAAUGGAAGGAGAGUGCCGCAGAGCUAAGAGUGGGCCCAAGGGGCAGUUACCUUCAGAUGCUGGGGUCAUACCUAGAGCCGUUAAGCAGAUAUUUGAUGCAUUGGAGAGGCAGAACACCGAGUACAGUGUUAAGGUCACAUUUCUGGAGCUGUACAAUGAGGAAAUCACUGAUCUUCUUGCACCAGAGGAGAUAUCUAAGGUUGCUCUGGAAGAGCGGCAGAAAAAGCCUUUGCCUCUUAUGGAGGAUGGGAAAGGAGGGGUGCUUGUGAGAGGUUUGGAGGAAGAAAUAGUUACCAAUGCUGGUGAAAUAUUCUCUCUUUUGGAAAGAGGAUCCGCCAAGCGCCGCACAGCAGAGACCCUUUUGAACAAGCAAUCAAGUCGUUCACACUCGCUUUUCUCAAUCACCAUUCACAUAAAAGAGGCAACCCCUGAAGGAGAAGAGCUGAUAAAAUGUGGGAAGUUAAAUCUGGUUGAUCUGGCUGGGUCUGAGAAUAUCUCUCGUUCUGGAGCUCGGGAGGGCCGAGCGAGAGAGGCUGGUGAAAUAAACAAAAGCUUGCUUACUUUAGGCCGUGUCAUCACGGCAUUGGUUGAGCACCUUGGACAUGUUCCUUACAGAGACAGUAAGCUCACAAGGUUGCUUCGUGAUUCACUGGGAGGGAGAACAAAAACUUGCAUUAUUGCUACUGUUUCUCCUUCAGUACAUUGUCUCGAGGAGACACUGAGUACAUUGGAUUAUGCACACCGGGCAAAGAGCAUUAAGAACAGGCCAGAGGUUAACCAAAAAAUGAUGAAAUCAACAUUAAUCAAAGAUCUCUAUGGAGAAAUCGACCGGCUUAAAGCAGAGGUCUACGCUGCACGCGAAAAAGUUGGAGUGUACAUUCCAAAAGACAGGUAUCAGCAAGAGGAGAAUGAGAGGAAGGGCAUGGCUGAUCAAAUUGAGCACAUGACCGCUUCUUUGGAAGCAAACCAAAAGCAAAUCAGUGAUCUGCAAGAAAACUACAAUUCUGAGCUUCAGCAUUCUGCUGAUUUGAGCAAAAAGCUUGAAGCUACAGAGAAAAGCCUGGAGCAUACAGGCAACCUACUGUCCACGACAAAAGAGGAUUUAAAACAAGCCCAUUACAACCUGAAGGAGAAAGAAUUCAUUAUCUCCGAGCAGAAAAAAGCAGAAAAUGCUUUAGCACACCAAGCUUGCGUUCUGAGAUCAGAACUGGAAAAAUGUAGCCGUGAUAAUGCUUCACUGCAUUCAAAAAUAGCUAGGGGAGAUAAGCUGAGUGCUGCAAAUAGGUCCGUGGUGAACUCUUUCCAAGCUGAUCUUGCUUCGAAGUUGGAUAUUCUCUCCAAUACCCUCACUGCAUCCAUAGAUCAACAAAACAAACACCUGAGGGCUGUGGAGGACCUAUGCCAAUCUUGUGUUGAUUCCCAUGACACGGCUACAAUGGAGAUAAAGAAGAAGGUUUUAGCUUCAAAGUCAUUAUAUAUGUCGCACAUGGAAGCUUUUCAAAAUGUUGUGCUCCUACACAAAGCCAACACAAAUUCAACAUUGGAGGAUGUAUCAUCCCUGUCUGCAGCAAGCUGCUGCAGUCUUGACCAGCUUCUAGCUUGUGUUGAGGGCGAGGCACUGAAGAUAUUUAGAGAUAUACAGAAUUUGUUAGCUGACCAUCGAAGUGAACUUGCACACUUCACCAAGGAAUUGCGAGAAAGUUUCUCCAUUAGCUUGGAUAGAACAAAAGACAUGUCCAGCUACAUUCUUGGGCUCUUUGCGAAGUACUUGGAGGAAACAUCCAAGUUGCAGAACCACACGAAUCACACUCACGAUGCACAAGUCAAAAGCCUUGAAGAAUUUCAGAAGGCUUACGAGGAGCAAUCAAAGUCUGAGGAACAAAGGCUUCUGGCGGACAUCACCAGUUUGGUAUCUAAACACAUUGUUCGACAAAGAGAGCUGGUUGAUGUUAGAUUAAACUCUCUUGGUGAUGCUGCUCGUGGAAACAAGACAUUUCUGGAUGAGCACACGUCUGCUAUGGAGGGUGUCACGAAGGAUGCUAAGAGAAAGUGGGAAAUGUUUGCAGAGCAGGCGGAGAAUGACAGCAAAGUUGGCUCCAGCUUCUCUUCAGCGAAGCAUUGUCGCAUGGAAACCAUUAUGCAGGAGUGCGCAUGCACCGUCGACUCUGCUGCUCAACAAUGGAAAAAAUCACAUGCUGCGGUUAAUGAUUUGUGCACAAAACAAGUGGCUGAAGUAGAAGCACUUGUCAGGAGUGCAAUUGAAGACAACGAACAACAUGUGACCGAGGUUGCAUCAUCUCGCGCCCUUGCAGAAGAGCAAGCAUCGAAUAGUAGCAAGGACAUACUUCAAGAUAUUGACAAUCUGCUGGACGAGGCACGCAAUUCGACUUCAAGAGUAGUGUCGACAGUGGAAGCACAUUCAUUAGAGAUUCAGCAUCUGCAGGAGAACCACUCUGGCCAGGCUGUAGGCGUCAACGAGCAUGCCGAUAAGGCUCUACAAAGCAGCUACAGGGACUACGAGCCAACCGGUGAAACUCCAGUAAGGUCUGAGCCAGACGUUCCGAGCAAAGGCGCCAUCGAGUCGCUUCGAGCGAUGCCGAUCGAGUCCCUGAUGGACGAGUUCCGCGAGAACCACCCCUACGAAUCGACCAAGGAGCCCAAGCCGUCGCUCAUCCCACGCUCGCCGCUCGCGACCCUCAACUGAUGAGAUCGACUGAUAUUAUGAUAUCUGUGUGCAGUGUAAUCUUAUUAGGACAUCAAAUCAGCCAGCUUUUGAUGUCCUUGUUGUGUUAGGUUUCUUGAGGGAGUGCUAGCUGCCUUAGCUUCACUCCCCAAUUGUCUCCCCCUUCCGCCAUCUCGCCAAUGUAUCAUUUUGUUGUGUGAUAUUAUUGUGUUGUGGAGCAGCAAACAUUCUUGCCAUAAAGAAAAAAAAUCUAUGAUGAUCAAA